AUGGCUCCAAAGCGUGCACUCAGCGUCGAGGCCCGAAAGAAGCACCGCGCGGAACAGGAGCGUCUUCGCUACGCAGCGAAAUGUGGUGCAAACCGCGACUGUAUGCUGGCUCGAAGACGUGAGGCAAGGUGCCUUGUGAUGGACGUGAGCCCGUUUCCGUGCGCGGACGACUCGCUGCUAAACACGCACUUUUCCUGCGGAAGUUGCGGCCCGACACGCAGCUUGCCACAAAUAACCGCGCGUACUGCCAGUCGCGGCCUUGUCACGCUGCACAAGUUGGACGUGCCGGCAGCCGCUGCUGGAUUCGACCUGCUUGUCCAUUUGGAGCCGGAGAGGCCCAUAGAUCUGCUGCAGGUGACGUUCAGCGCUGGUCGCGAGCCGACGGAGGCCGAGCUCCUGCGCAGCCCUGGUCCCGAGUGGCGCUCCAACCGCACGCUGGUGCCGCGGGUGGCUCUUGGUGGUCGCCCGCUGUUCGUGGCUGUUCGUCUGAAGCUGGAGUGGGGCGUAGGCGCCUUGCGCCCCGCGGACCCGCGUCGCGUCCGCUAUCGGCUGUGGACCGCAUUGGUGGCUUGCCGCAGCUGGCGACGACCUACGUGGUCGGGCCGGGGCUGCGCCGCGGUUCUCGACUCGUCGUUGGAGACGCUGCACUGCCGCUGCUCGCACCUGUCGUGGUUCUCCGGCGCCCACUGGGUGGCACCAAACGAGAUAUCCUGGCGAAAGGUGUCGCGUGGUGUGCGCGAGCGCCACCUGCUGGUCAGUAGCUGCGUGUUGGCUCUGUGGCUUCUAUACGGCGCUGUGCUGCUGUGGGCUCGCCGAGCAGACCAGCGGGACGAAGUCUACAACACGGUGACCGACCUGCAACAGAACCUGCCCACCGACCAGCAGCCCUACAUCGUCACCAUCAUCACCGGCUUCCGUCGCAACGCCGGCACCACCAGCAAGGUGUGGCUGCAACUGGUGGGCUCGGAGGGCUCGUCGCGCACCUUCUUGCUGAAAGACGAGAACGUGAACCCGGGCACGCUGCAGCGCAAGUCCGAGGACUACUUCCUGGCCACCACCGAGCGUGCUCUGGGAGAAAUAACCGAGGUGGUGUUCACCCUCGAGGCCCGCGGUACUCGCGCUCCGUGGUUCCUGCACACGGUGGUGGUGCAGGACAUGCUCGAGGACCUGGUCUGGGUGUUCUUUGUCGAGCAGUGGCUGCAGCCCGAAGGCGGAGACCAGGAUCCACCCAAGAGUUUCCGCUUCCGGCCAGCCGACGGACAGCAGCAGGCAGACUUCUGGACGCUCUUCCGGCGCCGUCUACAGCGACACUUCUUCACGGGCCACACGUGGUUCAACGUGAUCGCGCGCUACCGCAGCUCCAAGUUCACGCGCGCCCAGCGCGUCACCUGCGCGCUAUUCGUCAUCUUGUCGGCCAUGAUGUUCAACGUCAUGUACCACGACGUCGACACGAGCUCGGACGGCGAGCACCUUAGCUUCUUCGAGGUGCCUGUGCACCUUAACGACUUCCUGCUUGGACUCCAGGUGAGCCUGGUGACGGUGCCGCUGGGCGUGUUCGUCAUCUUCGUGUUCAGCAACUGCCGUCCGCGGCCCCUGAGCGCCGCGCCCGAGCGCCGCCGGCCGCGCAUAUCGCUGUUCAGCUACCUGGACAACCUGUCGCAUAACUACUCCGAGUCGCGCAGCGAGCACCGCACUCAGAUGCUGCAGGAGUAUGCACGGCUUGUGCGCGAAGGUCGACGGGGCCUGCUGCCCUGGUGGUUCCAGCUGGUUGGCUGGGUGGUCGCGCUCGCCGGCUCCCUCGUGUGCUCGGUGGUGAUCUGCCUGUACGGCUUCUCGUACGGCGACAAGCGCUCCAAGGAGUGGCUCUUCCGAUCGCUCACGGGCCUGCUCCACAACGAGAUCAUCUUGGAGCCGCUCAAGGUGAUCCUCAUCUCGGCCUGCCUCGCCCGGCUCAUCCCGAGGCCGCCGGAAGUGGACGACUACAGCAUCCGCAACACGCUCACCGAGCUGCCGGAGGAUCUGAGACCGUGAUGCGCCUGUCGUGUCACGGUCAAGGAAGCGGAGGGCUCGACGAAUGGUUGCGCAGAUUGCUGCCCUUGUUAUCGAGAAAUUGAAAAG